AUGAUGAAGAUUCAUCCCAACCGUACAGCCUCCGGCGCAAGAGAAGUAACAAUUUCGUCGCGGCACGUGACGACGGAGAAAGAGAGUUUCACGAUUUGGAUGAAGUCGUUGGUGUUCCAUACAAAUGGCUGCACCGUCUUCGAUUCUAAAGGGAAUAUAAUUUAUCGUGUCGAUAAUUAUAACUCUAAGAGCGCUCGUGAAGUUUACCUCAUGGAUUUACAUGGUCAUGUCUUGUUUACCUUACGUAGACGUCAGAAAUUUGGAUUAUUCCAUACUUGGGAAGGAUAUAGAUCACAUGAAACUGGGACAGCUGAAUCGACACCAAACUUAGAAUAUUUUCGAGUGAAAAGUAAUAUUUUUCAGGUUCUUAGAAAAGGUUCAUCUUAUUCGUAUAGAGUCAUAACGGGAUCGAGUAGUAACGAUGAAGAAUAUCGUUAUAAGAUGGUAACUAAGGGAUCGAGUUUAAGAAUCGAGGAUAUUUGUGGAAGAGUUGUGGCAGAAGUAAAGAGAAAACAAUCUAGGGAAGGUUUGGAGUUAGGAGAUGAUGUUUUGACGAUGAUGGUGGAAUCACAAGUUGAUCACUCUUUCAUCAUUGGACUUGUUUUAACUCAUAGACUUAUCAACUGUGAACUGUAG